AUGGCAGAUGAAGUUUUGGAGGUUGAAAUGGGAAUCUUGAUUCUUCUAGUGGUCUUUGGCAUCAGAAAUCAUCAGAUUUUACAGGGAGGACUCUUUCUCUUGGCAAAGAUCAUGACUUUUAAUUUUGUUCCGCUGAUGGCGGUGAUCUUGUGGAGUCUUUCCAGUGAGACUCUAAGUCAAAAACUGCCUCUGGGUUUCAGGUAUGCUUCAUAUGAGGUGACUAUCCCAAAGAAACUGACUCCCAGAGAUGGACAACAAAAUCCCCAGGAUAUCAGUUACCUGCUGCAAGUUGAAGGGAAAGGUCAUGUCAUGCACCUCAGGCAGAAGAGGAAUGUUGUCCCUAACCUCUUUCCUAUCUUCACAUAUAGUAAGGAAGGAAAACUCCAAGUAGACUACCCAUUUAUCAGGAAUGACUGUUUCUACAAUGGUUUCAUACAGGAUGAGCCUCGUUCUUUGGUCACUCUCAGCACUUGCUUAGGAGGACUCAGUGGUUUGUUGCAUUUACAAAAUGAAACCUAUGAAAUUGAACCUGUCCAGGCAUCUGCUGGCUUUCAGCAUGUAGUGUAUCAGUUGGAAGAAAAAGAGGAUGACCUUCGAAUUAUGUGUGGGUUCACAAAGAAAGAGCAAAGUCGUCAAGAGGCCAUGAUCCAAAGUAAAGAGAUUUUGGCAGCCAGGGGUUUUGUAGGAAAGUGGUGGGCUCACACUAGGUAUGCAGAUAUUGCAAUUGUGGUCGAACAUCAACGUUAUGUCAACUUUGACAAAAAUGACACUUUAACAGGUAUACGGGUUCUAGAAAUUGUCCAUACUACGAAUACAUUCUAUAAACCACUUGGUGUUGUUAUAUCCAUAGUUGGACUGGAGAUCUGGUCUGAAAAGAACCCCAUAAUGAUUUCCAGUGAAUUGAAUGUAUUGCUAGAUCAUUUUAACAAAUGGAGAAAGCACACAUUAAAUGACUAUCUACCAAAUGAUGCUGCUCAUUUAUUUGUACACAAAUUUUAUGGACAGACAGCUGGCUUAGCAUUUACAGGAACUAUCUGUAAUCCCCAAUGGGCAUCUGCUGUAGAAAUAUACAUGAGCUUCAGUGUGUCCUUUUUUUCUGUUAUAUUUGCCCAUGAAUUAGGACAUCAUCUUGGCAUGGAUCAUGAUGGAGAACACUGUACUUGUGAGAAAAAAUCCUGCAUUAUGGCUCAAUUUCCAGAUGAAGUUGAUAAGUUUAGCGAUUGUAGCUAUAGGGAUUAUUUCAAACGAAGGAAUACUCAUUGCUUAUUAACUGCUGCAGAUCCAAAUGCUGUAUUUAAACUCAAAUACUGUGGCAACAAAAUUGUGGAAAAAGGAGAGCAAUGUGAUUGUGGUUCAGAAAGCCAAUGUAAGCAUAAUUCAUGUUGCCAAUCUAAUUGUAAAUUUCGCUCUGGUGCUGUUUGUAGUGUUGGACAAUGCUGUGCCAGCUGUCGGUAUCGUCCAGCAGGAACUCUCUGUCGGAAAAAAAAUAGUGUAUGUGAUCUUCCUGAGUACUGCAAUGGGACUUCAGAAUGGUGUCCUGAAGAUGUUUAUGUACAAGAUGGUGCCCGCUGCAAUGAUGCUGCAUACUGUUAUCAUGGGAACUGUAUUACUCACAAUGAACAAUGCAAAAUGAUAUUUGGCAAGAAAGCCACUGUUGCUUCAGAGAACUGUUUCAGACUAAUUAAUGCACGGGGUGAUCGCUUUGGCAACUGUGGUAUUAAGUAUAGAACUUACAACAAAUGCAAGGCUAGCCACAUCCUGUGCGGUCGGAUUCAGUGUGAUAAUGUGGAGAAAUUACCUACUCUGGAGGAAGAUAGUACCAUAAUUCAAACAUUCAUUGGCAAUAGUUAUUGUUGGGGUACAGACUACCACAGUGAACCAGAAAAGGUUGAUAUUGGAGCAGUGAAAGAUGGCACUCCCUGUGGUGCAAACAUGUUGUGUGUAGACAGGCAAUGCAAAAAUGUAUCUACCUUGAACUAUGACUGUGACUUAAGAAAAUGCCACAAUAGGGGAAUAUGCAACAAUCGAAAACAUUGUCACUGUGAUUAUGGCUGGGGUCCUCCUUACUGUAUGGGUAAAGGCUAUGGUGGCAGUAUUGACAGUGGACCCAUUCUUCAAGAUAGAAGUGUUGUCAUUUCAGGGGUUAUUACAGGAAUACUAUUUGUCCUCGUGCCAGUUGUUCUUCUGGGUGCAUAUUACAGGACUGAAUUGAGACAGCAGUUUAGAAGAUUGAGUUCAAGUAUUCAUCCAGCAGAUGUACCAUAA